UCAGGCCGCGAUCUGCAGCAGUACCAGAGCCAAGCAAAGCAGCUCUUUCGCAAGCUGAACGAGCAGUCCCCCACGAGAUGUACUCUCGAAGCAGGAGCCAUGGCUUUCCACUACAUCAUUGAGAAAGGGGUGUGUUACCUGGUCCUGUGCGAAGCUGCAUUCCCCAAGAAACUGGCCUUCGCGUAUCUGGAAGACUUGCAUUCAGAGUUUGAUGAGCAGCAUGGCAAGAAGGUGCCGACGGUCUCCAGGCCGUAUUCCUUCAUUGAAUUUGAUACCUACAUCCAGAAAACCAAGAAGCUCUACAUUGAUAGCCGGGCAAGGAGGAACCUGGGCUCCAUCAACACAGAGCUGCAAGAUGUGCAGAGAAUUAUGGUGGCCAACAUUGAGGAGGUCUUACAGCGAGGAGAGGCCCUUUCAGCUCUUGAUUCCAAGGCCAACAACUUGUCCAGUUUGUCCAAGAAGUACCGUCAGGACGCGAAGUAUCUGAACAUGCGUUCCACUUACGCCAAACUUGCGGCCGUAGCUGUGUUUUUUAUCAUGUUGAUCGUUUAUGUGAGAUUCUGGUGGCUGUGAGCUGGCUGCAGUCGCGGAAGAGGGAAAGCCGGUAGCCUGGCAGGUGUAUGUGUGCAGGACACUGUUCACGGGGGAUGUGCAUUAGAAUCCACGCAGGACCAUCACCUUUACGGGAGUGUCCUGAAAUUGUUAGGUGACACUUGACUCCACAUCUCUUAGUGAAGCCUGACAAUAGGUGUAAAGGCUUGUUGACUACAGGCUUUUCCUCUGAGGCAGUUUGCACUAGGGUACUGCAGGGUUUGGCCUCCCACGGUUCUGCCCCCCUCCCGGGGCUACGCUCUGGGAACAGUCAAUCAGUGCAGUUUAGCGUAAUCACAUUGUACGUCCUCCUGUUGAGUAGCUCUAGUGGGAACUGGACUCUAAUGAACAUUCCUUGUGUUGGCAAUGUUUGCUUUUUUUAGAAUCUGGGUCUGCAGUUAUUUUUCUUUUUUUUUCUAAAGAUAAGACUCCCCUGUUUGAAGGCAAAUACUGCACUGUACAUAAAAUAGCUUUCACCUCUGUCAGAAUA